CGUCAAGGCAUAGCUCCCGCAGCAUUUAGCCACUUGGCGGAUCCGUGACCUGGGCCAUGAUUGUCCUCUUCGAGAACAGAUGCCUUUGCUGACCAGACACAUGUUUGGGGGUGACAAUGGAUGGAGAAGUUGCAAAAAGAAUAUGGACGACGGACGGCCCACAUAUUUGUUUUUGACGUGAAGGCUUUUGUUCAAGAGUAUGAAACGAGGUCGGGACCUUGUUCGAGGACGGGCCACGAGUUGUAGCAGAAGAAACAACAUCCUUUGGGUACGAAGAUGUGGCUUAUAUCAAGGGGCCAUAACGGUAUCGGUCUUGCGUUUGGCAGUUCCUUGGUAGUUGAUAUACGCACAUCAGUCUUGUCUCUAGUCGAAUUGAUGAUAAGCCUGCCAGCAAGAACUCGAUACGCUGUCAUGCCACGAUUCGGCCGAACAAGGUCUACCAAGAGAUCCAGCUCAACGUCGUCGUUGUCGCGUGUGGGUGAAGAGCGUUACAUCAAAACUGGCCGAGAAAGUCCCAAGACUAUGCCGAAGAAACGGAAGAAACUGCAAAAGUCCAACAGACCCCGCGCCAAGAGCGGCAACAACGGCGAUAUGGUAGGCGGCAGAUGGCUACAAGCAGCAGCGCAGCGAUCAGUGCAAUGGUGGCGACAGUGCAGAGGGAGGAGACACAGCCUGGAAGCACGAAGACAGAAGAAGCCACGACUAGUAGUUUCGUCACCGAUGCACAUGGGCAGCAGUCGAACAGCCUUGGUUUAUAGCGCACUGCCUGUUCUCCCGGAGCUGGGAUCCGGGCCACAGGAUACGCGCAAGCUGGGAUUACAAUGGGAGGCGUUGGAGAGUCAUCCCAUCUGGUGGACAGGUGAAAGGCAGGACGAGCGUUGACAGUGUGUGAGGGGGAAGGGAAGCGACGGAUGAUACGCGGCGGGAAGGGCGGAUGCUAU